UUCGGUACUCUACCACAUGAGAAUCGUGAACAUAAACGUUCAGAAUGACCGUAGCGGCCGAACGCGCGCGAUUCCGUACGUAGACGUAAAAAUAAAAAUCAAAACGAAUAAUAAUAAUAGUAAUAAUCGCUUUUGGUGCGUUAUUUUUUUUUCUUUUGUUUGUUUUAUACAUUUUGUUUAUUGUGCGUCUCGUCGUCGUAUAUACCAUAGAAAUCGCGUCACUGCCGCCGGAUCCGUCGAUAACCAUUGUUUUUUUAUUGUUAUUAUUAUUAUUAUUAAAAAAAUAAUAAUAUUGUCGAAUAAUUUUACGAACGAUUAUAAACUGUAAUAUAGCCGUACCGUAGACGAUACUCUGAAUGUACGUUUGUUGUUAUGUGAGAAUCGUUAUCGAAAACUAUUGCGUUGGUCAUAGCUUUUCUCUCGAGCAUCAGCGUACGAAACCGCGUUUCGUCGAGAGUUUCUAGUUAAAGUUAAUUUAAAGAACGGUCGGAAUAUGUUGAAUCUGUUCGCGUGUGACUAUUACACCGCUCUGGUGACGGUCCUGUUGGUGUUGGUCGUGCUUUACUGGGCGUUCGAGGUGCAUUACUUCGCGAGGACCCUUUGGUGCGCCGUCACGUGCAGAGUGUUCAAGAAGUACGUGCACGUGCUGGACACCACCUCGUACUCGUCCGCCUGUCUGACCACCGACGUGGACUUUCUGCUGUUCCACAUGAACAACUCGCGGUACCUGAGGGAGGUGGACUUUGCCAGGACCGAGUUUUACAUGCGCACCGGCCUGUGGAAAGCGAUCCGGGACAAGGGCGGUCUGCCCGUGCAGGGCGGCACCAGCAUCCGGUACCGGAGGUUCAUUCGGACGUUUUCGCUGUACAGCAUAUCGUCCCGGAUCGUGUACUGGGACCAAAACUCCAUCUACAUGGAACACCGGUUCGUCAGCCGGGGCGACGACUUCAUCAACGCCAUCGUGCACUGCCGGAACAGGGUGAUCAACUGCGACGUCAAUCAGCUGAUGGAAGAGCUGAUGACCGAAGCGGCGAAAAAGUGCCCCGGUCAAGUGGAGGCGCCCCGCAACAAGCCCGAGUGUCCGCUGGAAAUUCACCACUGGAUCCAAGCCAACCUGGUGUCCAGCGCCAACCUACGCAACAGCAACUAGCCGGUGGACGAGUAGCUCCGGUAUACGGGCGCCGCCAAGCCCGUUUCCAAGACGGCCGGAUGGUCCGUGGACGGCGUGUCUGGAUUAUGGAUUCGAGAGCAGAACGUUUCAUCCGGAACGGUGUCCGUCAAGCGUUUCCUCGUCGGCUACCGCCAAAGUUACCGGAGGGCUCGAACGCCCGUCUUUUUAUCCCGACUGAGAGUGUACAUUACCGCGUCUAACCCAGUAAGACUUAUUUAGUUUUUAAUAAUUUAUACACUGCACGAAUGCGCUCGGUGUGUGUGUGUGUGUGUGUUGCUUGUGCGUGUAAAUGUUUAGCACAACGCGAAAUAGUGUUGUCACAUCUUAUUAUUUUGUAUAUACUAAAAAUGUAAUACCGACAACAUACAAACAUACACACACGCGCGCGCGCAUACGGCCGUGGUCGUUCGAUCGGUGCGCGGAACGUGUAAUGGGUCCGCCGCUCGUGCCGUUUUUGUAUUUUUAUUUUUUUGCUAUUUUGAAAUAUUGAGUUCGCCGGAGAAACGCGUGUCCGUUAUGUAUAUCAGAUAGGAAGGUCAGGCAAAUGCAAUCGAUACUUGAUUAUACUUAUAUAUAUCAUAUUAUAAUACGCUGCACACAGCUGAAUGUUGUUCAGUGUUCUAGUCAUUAAACUAUAUUAUAGUUUUUUUUUUUAUAAUUUUUACCGUAACACCUGUAUUAAUUUUUUAACUUUUGUUUUUUUAAUAUAUAUUUUUUUUACAUUUUUCACGUAUUGGGGUAUGAAUUAACGCGAGCGGGUUUUCUAUAUUUUUAUUCUUUUAUAUAGUGUCGAUCACAAAAGUACCUCGAUAGCUUUUUAAUCCGAUUAGGGUCCACCGUUUGUCCGACCGACGUGUAAAUAAUGUAAUGAUAAUGUUGUGUAAUCGCCGCGAUAUCAAUAUAAUUCCAAUACAUAACAGUAUAGUAAAGUUAUAGACAAACAGCAGCCUCGGUACACAUUUGUAAGUACACUGCCGCACCGAUCUCGAUCAUAUUUCGUUAUUACAUCUUAUUUUUAAUGUAUUGUGAUAUUGUACUAUAGAAAUAUUGUUUUUUUUUUUUGUAUUACCAUUUUUAUUUUAUAAGACUUAUUAUGAUAUUAUAAUAUGUAUAAUAUGAAAAAAAAGAAACGUGCUCGUUUUUGUUUUUCAACACUCACAAGGGCGUUGACACGUCCGAUGUUUAUAUGGUUUUUGGUCGCCACGACGAGUAGAUGGUAAAUUUGAUAUUAUUUAGAACUGUGUGUAAGCCAUUGCAAUAUUAUAGCUACCGUGUUUAACGUAUCGAAAUUGUU